CUUGGAAAGUCAGGAAUGGUCUGGAGUUGUCAGGUCUUUCUGGAAGGGAAAGCACAGGUGUUGAAUCUGGCAGCAGCAGCAGCAGCCCCCCCGACAGGCUGCUCAGAUAACAAACCCGAGGAGCAGCAGAGGAGGAAACACAGGAGCCAGUGUGAGUCCCACAAAAUGACAGAAACUCAGGGAGCCGCUCCGGACACUGGGGGUGAACCCAUAGCCUUCCACUCUCAGAAGGAGAUGUUUGAGAAGAUGGAGGAAUCCUUUAAAGUGUGUGCACAUUGUGAGAAGAGGCCAAACCAACUCUCAAACACACAGAACCUGAAGCGCUGUGUGAGAUGUCUAAAUGUUUACUACUGCUGCAGAGACUGUCAGAAGGAGGACUGGCACAAACACAAGAAGCUCUGCUCGCUGCUGCGUCUCGCUGCCAUCGACAGAGUGGUGGAGUGGCUCGUGUUCAAAGGAGAGCUUCCAUUCCCCACAGAGCAGUGGUCGAAGCCGCUGUCAGAGGUUAAAGGUUGGGACGACUGGCUGGCGAUGCAGGGAGAUCUCACCUCUCGCCUCGAUCCCAUUAUAAACGGAGCCAUCAUGUCAGAGCUGUGGAUCAACACGUGCAGACCUCGGCCUGAUGUCCCAGACCUCGAGCAGUCACUGUGGCGGGUCUGCAGCGAGUUCUUCUCCCGGCCGCUGACCAUCGCCUGGGGGAUGAGGCUGUUUGGCCUGAAGCCUUUUUCCAAACCUCUCACCAUUCACCUGGUGGGAGCAGGCCACAGUGAGACCCUGGCUGCCAGACUGACAGACUAUGAUGAGCUAAACAACAUGUUCCCCGGGCACCAGGGGAUCGAGAUCGUCAUGGUGGGACCAGAGGUGGUGGACGGCCCCAUCAUGAGGCCUCCUCUCAGGGGGUUCGGCCCCAAGAAGGCGGUCUUCAUCAGCGCCUAUAAGGGGCUGUACCACGAGUUCUGGGAGGAGCUGGUGGAGAAACAGGAAGCAGCAAAGCCGGACCUGGUGGUUGGUUUUCAUCCUGGGUUUGAUGCCAGUCAGGGUCUGGACCAGGGUUGGCUUCCAACUCUUCUGCUCCUCAGGGAUUAUGAGAUUCCUUCUGUUUUCACUGCUCUCAACGAGACGGAGAUGACCUACUCGCUGCAGAUCCUGCUGGAGCUGGAGAUGGACAUGAGGGGGAGCGGCGCCAACCCGUUCUCCUCGCUGAAACCAGAGGGGGUGGGCUCGAGUCCGGGCAAGCCCCCCGUCUACUGCAACUCCCACUACUUCUGUUUCCAGGGUCUGCUGGAGACGGCAGAGUUUGAGGAGCCGGAGGAGGCCUGAAGGAGCUGAGUGCUGCAGUGUGCACCGACACACUGACGCCUUUCACAUGUGGAAACUGAACAAAUUCUAUUUGACUAUAUUUUAUUAAAUUCUAAUCACGAUUUAGAAGUAGUGUUAUAUAGCACGUAUGUAUUAUUGUUAAAAAAUGUGUACAUUUUAAGUUGGCUCUGACAUUUACAUUCACUAUCUCAGUUUAAUGUCAUGCAACUGCCAAAGUGGUGAGAUUUGAAUAUGCCCUCUGUGAACUAUUGUCCUGUUUGCAGAGGCAAUACAAUAUUGUAGAAAUAGCUUAAUUUAUGAUGAUAUCCACAGAGACGUUUUCUAACUAGUUAGUGCUGAAAGGACUCUGUUGUUCAUUCUGGUUAAACCACCACUUUUCCCUUCUUUACUUUAAAAAGGCACAUUUUAUUCACGAGGCUACAUUUAUUUAUUCAUAACUCUUCAGAAUGAAUUAUAUGAUUUAGUUUCAAUCAACAAUAAGACAUAUUAUAAAAUAUUGUCCACUCCUGACUUGAAUACAAUGCAAGACUUUAUGUUAUUAAUUAAAGAAAAUUAAAUAAAGCUAAUGUUUCACUCA